GUCGUUUGGCCGAUGCUUCUCGCCCCGGAACUCAGCUGUUCAGCCCCUGCCACAGUAGGAGUAAGCUCUAUGCCGAACGAGGGACUCGAACCCACAACUCCAAGUUCAAGAGUCGCAGGCUCUACUGACUCAGCCAGCCAGGUGUGACUUUUAAACUUCAGUAAUGGAGCUAGCCCACAGUUUAUUGCUAAAUGAAGAAGCUUUGGCUCAAAUCACUGAGGCAAAGAGACCAGUUUUUAUCUUUGAAUGGUUGCGAUUUCUUGAUAAAGUCUUGGUUGCUGCCAACAAGACUGAUGUAAAGGAAAAACAGAAAAAACUUGUUGAACAAUUAACUGGAUUAAUAAGUAGUUCGCCUGGACCACCUACACGAAAACUGUUGGCUAAAAAUCUUGCAGCUCUUUAUAGCAUUGGGGAUACUUUUACGGUUUUUCAAACGCUUGAUAAAUGUAAUGACAUUAUCAGAAAUAAAGAUGACACUGCAGCCUACUUACCAACAAAACUGGCUGCAGUGGCUUGUGUUGGAGCAUUUUAUGAAAAAAUGGGGAGAAUGUUAGGAAGUGCUUUUCCAGAGACAGUGAAUAAUCUUCUGAAAUCUCUAAAAAGUGCAGAGUCUCAAGGGCGAAGUGAAAUCUUAAUGAGCCUACAGAAAGUUCUGAAUGGACUGGGAGGUGCAGCAGCUUCCUCUCAUCGUGAUAUUUACAAGAAUGCCAGGUCCCUCUUGACUGACAGGUCGAUGGCUGUUCGAUGUGCAGUUGCCAAGUGUCUACUAGAGCUACAGAAUGAAGCUGUGUUCAUGUGGACUGCUGAAUUAGAAAAUAUUGCCACUCACUGCUUUAAGGCUUUGGAAAAUUCAAAUUACGGGGUUCGAGUGGCAGUGUCUAAACUCUUAGGAACAGUCAUGGCUACAGCGUUGAUGCCAAAACAAGCAACAGUAAUGCGCCAGAACGUGAAGCGAGCGACAUUUGAUGAAGUCUUAGAACUCAUGGCCACAGGAUUUCUACGUGGAGGGUCAGGUUUUUUAAAGAGUGGUGGAGAGAUGUUAAAAGUCGGAGGGUCUGUUAAUCGUGAAGUAAGAGUUGGAGUUACACAGGCGUACGUUGUUUUUGUGACUACAUUGGGUGGUCAGUGGUUGGAGCGUAGCUUUGCUACAUUCUUGUCCCACGUACUUGAUCUGGUGUCCCAUCCUCGGGCAACGCAAACGCAUGUAGAAGCUGUGUACUCAAGGCGAUGUGUCUCCUUUAUCCUAAGAGCUACUGUGGGCAGUCUGCUAGGUGAAAAAGCCCAGAUUGCAGCUGCCAAAGAAAUAUGCCAAGCUAUUGGAAAACAAAUGAAGGCAGUAGAAGCAGUAGUGAAUGAUACUAGCGGUGAAAACAAAUCUGGAGCAGCCGACAUUGCAGCAAGCCAGCAUGUGAUGGUGUGCGCCCUCCAAGAACUCGGGAGCCUGGUGCAGAGCCUGAAUGCUACCGCAUCCCCUCUUAUUCAGGAAGCAUCUAUAGGACUUUUGGAAACUGUGACUUCCGUGCUGCUUCAUCCAAGUAUGGCUGCCCGGCUUGCCGCCGCCUGGUGUUUGCGCUGCGUGGCGGUGGCAUUACCAUUCCAGCUGACACCGUUUCUAGACAGGUGUGCAGAACGGCUCAACAACUUGAAAACGUCACCAGAAGCUGUUAGUGGAUACAGCUUUGCCAUGGCUGCUUUGUUAGGCGGAGUUCAUCAGUGUCCGUUGGGCAUUCCUCAUGCCAAGGGAAAGAUGGUAGUUAGUAUUGCUGAAGAUCUCUUACGAACUGCUGCCCAAAAUAGCAGGCUGUCUUUACAGCGCACCCAAGCUGGAUGGCUUUUACUUGGAGCACUUAUGACUUUAGGACCAUCUGUUGUUCGUUAUCAUCUGCCCAAGAUGUUGUUAUUGUGGAGAAAUGUUUUUCCUCGUUCUCUAAAGGAGUUGGAGGCUGAGAAGGCCCGAGGCGAUUCUUUUACUUGGCAGGUAACAUUGGAAGGUCGUGCCGGAGCUUUAUGUGCAAUGAGGAGUUUUGUUGCACAUUGCCCUGAGCUCCUAACUGAAGAUGUGAUUAGAAAAUUGAUGACUCCUAUUGAAUGUGCCAUGACUAUGAUGUCACACAUUCCGUCUGUAAUUAAAGCCCAUGGAGCUCAUCUGAAAGCCAGUGCUGCAAUGGUCCGUUUAAGACUUUACGAUAUCUUGGCUUUGUUACCUCCAAAAACUUAUGAAGGAUCUUUCAAUGCACUUCUGAGAGAACUGGUAGCAGAAUUCACUUUGACUGACAAUUCAGCGAACACAACUACUUCCCUCCUCAGAUCCCUCUGCCAUUAUGAUGACAGCGUUCUUCUGGGUUCCUGGCUUCAAGAAACUGAUCAUAAAUCAAUUGAAGACCAGCUCCAGCCAAACAGCGCGUCCGGAAGUGGGGCUCUGGAGCAUGAUCCAUCCUCCAUUUACUUACGCAUACCUGCCGGAGAAGCUGUGCCUGGUCCUCUCCCACUUGGGGUUUCAGUCAUUGAUGCUUCCGUGGCCCUUUUUGGUGUAGUGUUUCCUCAUGUGUCUUAUAAACACCGAUUACAGAUGUUGGAUCACUUUGCCGAAUGUGUUAAACAAGCCAAAGGUGUCCGCCAGCAGGCUGUGCAGCUUAAUAUUUUUACUGCUGUUCUUAGCGCAUUAAAGGGCCUGGCUGAAAACAAAAGUACUUUAGGACCUGAGGAAGUUCGUAAAUCUGCUCUGACUCUGGUUAUGGGUGCUCUGGACAACCCAAACCCCAUCUUACGAUGUGCGGCAGGGGAAGCUCUUGGAAGAAUGGCUCAGGUGGUUGGGGAAGCAACCUUCAUUGCCAGAAUGGCCCAGUAUAGCUUUGACAAAUUGAAAUCAGCCCGUGAUGUUGUAUCCAGAACUGGCCAUUCAUUGGCUCUGGGUUGCUUACAUCGCUAUGUUGGUGGUAUUGGCUCAGGACAACAUCUGAAAACCAGUGUCAGCAUUUUAUUGGCUCUAGCACAAGAUGGAACAUCCUCUGAAGUUCAGACAUGGUCUCUUCAUUCACUUGCUCUUAUAGUGGAUUCUAGUGGCCCAAUGUAUCGCGGAUAUGUGGAACCAACAUUAUCUCUAGUUCUUACCUUGCUGUUGACUGUUCCACCUUCACAUACAGAAGUUCAUCAAUGUUUGGGUAGAUGCUUGGGUGCCAUCAUAACUACUGUUGGCCCUGAGCUACAAGGGAAUGGAGCGACAAUUUCCACCAUUCGUUCUUCUUGUUUGGUGGGUUGUGCAAUAACCCAGGACCAUUCCGAUUCUCUGGUUCAGGCAGCUGCCAUAUCUUGCCUUCAGCAGCUUCACAUGUUUGCACCACGACAUGUCAAUCUCUCUAGUCUUGUUCCCAGCCUGUGUGUUCACUUGUGUAGCUCCCAUUUGCUACUUCGCCGAGCAGCUGUGGCUUGUCUCCGGCAGCUUGCACAAAGGGAAGCAGCUGAAGUGUGUGAAUAUGCCAUGAGCCUAGCAAAAACUGCAGGUGACAAGGAGAGCCCUGGUACUCAUGUCAAUCCUUUUGCACCUGGAGUCAGUUCUCGAAGUGAUAUCCACUGCCGGCACCAAGGUGUUAAUAUAACAGAAACUGGUCUCGAGGGACUUCUUUUUGGAAUGCUAGACCGGGAGACAGACAGAAAAUUAUGUUCUGAUAUUCAUGAUACUUUGGGGCAUAUGCUUUCAUCACUGGCCGUAGAAAAACUUUCGCAUUGGCUAAUGCUUUGUAAAGAUGUCCUGGCAGCUUCUAGUGAUAUGAGCACUGCCACUCUCGUAAGUAGUGGAAAAGAUGAGGAAUCUGAGAAGAAAGAUGAGAUGGAUGAUGAUACCAUGUUCACCACACUAGGGGAAGAAGAUAAAUCAAAGCCCUUUGUGGCCCCUCGCUGGGCCACUCGGGUGUUCGCUGCAGACUGCCUGUGCCGAAUCAUCAAUUUGUGUGAGAAUGCGGACCAGGCCCACUUUGACCUUGCCAUGGCACGUUCUGCUAAACUACGAAACCCUACAAAUGACCUGUUGGUACUUCAUCUCUCUGACCUGAUUCGCAUGGCAUUCAUGGCUGCAACUGAUCAUAGUAACCAGCUGCGGAUGGCUGGGCUCCAAGCACUUGAGGACAUUAUCAAGAAGUUUGCAUCUGUGCCUGAGCCAGAAUUUCCAGGCCAUGUGAUUCUGGAGCAAUAUCAAGCUAACGUGGGAGCUGCUCUAAGACCAGCCUUUUCACAAGAUACCCCAUCAGACAUAAUAGCAAAAGCUUGCCAGGUGUGUAGUACAUGGAUUGGAAGUGGAGUUGUCAGUGAUCUCAAUGACCUCCGUCGAGUGCACAAUCUACUUGUCUCUUCUCUGGACAAAGUGCAGGCUGGAAAAGGAUCUUCAAGCCAGCUGUACCGAGAGAGUGCUACAACCAUGGAAAAGCUGGCUGUUCUCAAAGCGUGGGCAGAGGUGUAUGUGGUUGCUAUGAAUAUUAAGAAGGAAGCAGAGUCAAAGCCAAAAAGAGCAAUGAAAAGUACUGAUGAUGAUGAUGAUGAUUAUGGUGCCAUAGAUGAACUACCACCAGAUAGUUUGAUAACACUUGUGCAGCCCGAACUGCCAACACUCAGUCGCCUGUGGUUGGCAGCGUUAAAAGACUAUGCACUUUUGACUCUGCCGGCUGAGUUUGCUAGUCAGCUCCCCCCCGAUGGUGGAGCAUUUUAUACUCCCGAGACCAUUGAUACAGCUAGACUUCACUACCGGAAUUCAUGGGCCCCGAUUCUUCACGCGGUGGCACUUUGGUUAAAUAGCACAGGAUUUACAUGUUCAGAGUCUACAGAAGCAGCAGCAAUACCUGGCUUACAGAAACGUGCUACACCCGUCAAUUUAAACCAGACAUCGGGAGCAAUGCCUGGUGCUAAAUCUUUGCCAGAAAUUAACAAAGACAGAAUGCAUCUGAUUUUAGGUGUGAGCAUACAGUUCCUUUGUUCCCCCAGACCUGAGGAGCCUAUUGAACAUGUCACAGCAUGUCUACAGGCCUUACACACCUUGCUCGAUUCUCCUUAUGCCCGAAUCCAUAUUGCAGAAGAUCAGCUGAUUGGUGUUGAGUUGCUAAGUGUUCUGCACCGCCUCCUGUUGACCUGGAACCCACCCUCUGUUCAGCUGCUGGUCACUGGGGUCGUACAACAGAUAGUAAGAGCUGCUCAGGAUUAUCUGCAAGAAAAAAGAAACACUCUAAAUGAAGAUGAUGUGGAAAAAGAGUCAUGUCUUAUAGUUGGAGAAGGCGGUGACAGCGGUGGUCUUGUUCCUGGAAAAUCUCUUGUGUUUGCAACUAUGGAGCUGUUGAUGUUCAUUUUAGUACGUCAUAUGCCACAUCUCAGUACCAAGAUGUCGGAUUCACCCAGUCACAUAGCCACCAAAACUCGACUGUCAGAAGAAAGUGCUCGUUUGGUGGCAGCCACAGUUACCAUACUCUCUGACUUACCGUCCCUUUGUUCGCCUGCUGGGUGUAUGACAAUCCUGCCCACGAUUCUAUUUUUAAUUGCAAGAAUAUUGAAAGACACAGCGAUAAAGUCUGCAGAUAAUCAGGUUCCUCUGCCAGUCAGUGCAGCACUUCAAGGAAUUAAAAGCAUCGUGACACUCUCGAUGGCCAAGACUGAAGACACUCAGAAACAGUGGACAGCUCUGAUUCGCAGCACUCUCGCAUGCAUCCUGGAAUAUUCUCAACCAGAAGAUUCCAUGCCUAUGCCUGAUGAAGUAAGCAUGCUAACAGCAAUUGCACUCUUCCUGUGGUCUGCUAGUAGUGAAAUAAUAGGAGUCCAGUCAUUACAGAAUGGCUGCAUGAACAGAUUUAAAAAUGCACUGAAUUCUUGUGACCCAUGGGUCCAAGCCAAGUGUUAUCAGCUUCUCCUCUCAGUCUUCCAACAUUCCAAUCGUGCCCUUUCAACUCCAUAUAUCCAUUCCUUGGCUCCAAUAGUGGUUGAAAAGCUGAAAGCUGUUGAAAGAAACAGACCAGCCAGUAGCACAGAACUUUUAGCUGUUCAAGAAGGAAUCAAAGUUCUGGAAACAUUAGUUGCUCUUGGGGAAGAACAAAACAGAGUCCAGUUACUUGCCCUUUUAGUUCCCACUUUGAUCUCUUACCUGCUGGAUGAAAAUUCUUUUGCCUCAGCAAGUACAGUUUCCAAAGAUCUUCAUGAGUUUGCACUCCAGAAUUUAAUGCAUAUUGGACCUCUGUAUCCACAUGCUUUCAAGACAGUAAUGGGAGCGGCUCCUGAGUUGAAAGUACGUUUGGAAACUGCUGUUCGAGCAAGCCAAGCCAGCAAAGCUAAAGCAGCCACCAGGCAGCCAACCCCUGCUGUACAUUCUGCACCAACAAUUAAGCUAAAAACCAGUUUUUUUUAACUUGAUAUUCCAUUCAUUUUUAUUUAUAUUGUCAACUGGCAACUAAUUAGUGAUCGCCGUUAUACCUUUCCGGGCUAUAGGUUCUACUUCAUUUGUAUAUGAGUAUUGUAUGCUUCUAAGUAGGUUAAGUAAAAUGAUGCUCAUGCCAUUUUCUGAUUUGAAAGGGGUAAUUCUUUUUAUCAUGGGGCAGAUGUGCUCUCCUUUUUUUUCCUGUAAUAUUUCCUUUUUAUUAAUUUAUUUUUUAAAUACUGAGCCAUAGUCUCUUAAAUUUAAGUGCUAAAAACAAUUGUAUCAUGUUGGGCAGCCUAUUGGUAUUGUCAGGAAAAAAAUAAGUCAAUAUUCAACAUCUGUCAUGAAAAAAUUUAAUUGAGAAACAAGCAGAAUUUAGAUUUUGAAGUAACUCAAAUAAUGGAAAAUGUUUCAUGGUGUAUAUAAUAUGAAUAAAGUCACACUUUCUUAGCAUUUCUCAGAAUGUCCUUAUCUUUCUGAUAGAUCUUUUUACUUCCAUGUUAGAUAACUAAAUUAUGCCUGUAUUUUAGGUGUUAGCUGAAUUAAAGCUCUCAUUGAAAGAUCCAUUAAAAUGUUUCAAAUGUGGAA